AUGGAGUUCGUGGGCGCGAGCACCGGCAAAAAAUCCACUCCCAAAAUGCCCGCCAAAAGACAAGUUCUCGGACUUCGUGUGACCAGUGAUUCCAAUCAGGGUGGUAGGGAUCACAUGGAAGACAUGAUUUCCAUCCGAUAUGAGCGGAGUAAGGACAACGAUUGUGCCUUCUUCGGUGUUUUUGACGGGCACGGGGGAAAGGAAGCCGCCGUGUUCGCGCGUGAUACGCUGUGGGACACGAUCAAAGCUCAGCGGGGAUUCGAGUCCAAAGACCCGGAGAAAGUCAAGCAGGCGAUCAGCGAGGGAUUCCUCAAGACACAGGACGCCAUGUGGAAGAAACGAGUAUUAGCAUGGAGGAAGGAAUCAGUAGUUCUUUGA